UAUAGCAGCAUUAUCUGCAACUCUUACACAAACAGUGACAGGAGUUACAUGGGACAAUGCACCGUUAGUCGCUUGAUUUCCCCCUCUGAGUGGACCGGAGGACCGCAUGGUACCUCCCAUCAAUAGAUGUAUUGUAAAAGUACCAUGAUGUCACAAGUGCUCUCAUUGCAAAGAAAAGCAAUCAUAUGACCACCCCUAAUGCAUUGAGACUGUUUCUCAGCGAUGGCUUGAUCUGACACUGUUAGAUUGUCCUGUUUCUUUUAUCUCAUGUCGAAAGUGUCACGUUUUGCUCUUGGUUACAGCUAUAUCUUCAGACUGAGCUGUACGCGACUCGGCCAGUGGGCUAUCGGUUACGUCACAGCUGAUGGGAACAUCUUGCAGACCAUUCCUCAUAACAAACCCCUCUUCCAGGCCCUCAUCGAUGGCUUUAGGGAAGGAUUCUACCUUUUCCCCGAUGGCCGCACUCAGAACCCUGACCUCACAGGGCUGUGUGAGCCCUCGCCUCAAGACCAUAUCAAAGUCACACAGGAGCAAUAUGAGCUCUACUGUGAGAUGGGCUCUACCUUCCAGCUGUGUAAGAUCUGUGCUGAGAAUGACAAGGAUGUGAAGAUUGAGCCCUGCGGCCACCUCAUGUGCACUUCCUGUCUUACAGCCUGGCAGGAAUCAGAAGGUCAGGGUUGCCCGUUCUGCCGCUGUGAAAUUAAGGGCACCGAGCCCAUCGUUGUUGACCCCUUUGAUCCCAAGGACCCCAAUAGCGGAGGCUCCUACGGAGGCUGCAGGGGCACGUAUGGAGCCGAGGGAGCCCCUUCGCCCAGCUACGACGAUGACGAUGAUGAUCGUUUGGAGGACUCACCUUUCAUGAUUAGCAAGCUGGUCGGUUCUAAAGUGGAGAGGCCACCCUCACCGCUGUCAAUCGCCCCUCAGGCAGUCGUUCCCCCAGUACCUCCUCGGCUGGAUCUGCUUCCUCUCAGACCCACCAACCCUCCCGGGGCCUCUAGUCCAGGGGCCACAUCCAAGGCCCCAUCCCAUCACAAGGACAAGCCAUUACCGCUGCCCCCGACUCUAAGGGACCUGCCGCCGCCUCCUCCCCCAGACCGACCUCCACCUACCGGCUCUGACAACCGGCUCCCGAGACGCCCUCUUCCCAGUACGCCCGGAGAACCUUCUCGGGACAAACUGCCUCCUGCCCCUCCUAACCGCAACAUGCCGGACUGGAACUCCCGGCCCGUACCCAAAGCCCCAUCACAGCCACCAGCAAGCGGAGACUCCCGUGGAUCUCGAGAACUCUCUAACCGACACUCUCUGCCUCUCCAACUUCCUUCCACGCUCGACGCCAGAGCCGAAGGCCCGCGAAACAAUGGUCCCCCCAGCCUCGACCACCAGCUGAGUUUUGUAUCAUCCAGUUCUGGGUCGGAGUACGACAGCCCAAAAGUAAAGCCAUCUGCUUCGGCUAAUGCCAUCUAUUCUUUGGCAAUCAGGCCUCUCCCAGCAGUUAAGGCUCAGACAGGGGAGGACGCCUCUGAGAACGAUGAGGAGUCGGAGUACAUGACUCCAUCUUCUCGACCAGUGCUGCCCUCUGCUGCGGGGGAGGCUGUGCCCAGGCCACCUCUUCCACUUUCUCUCAGUCCCAGUGUACUCACUGAAAUGGAGUCAGAAAGCCCACAGAUGUAUGAAGCCAUGUACAAUAUCCAAGCCCAGGCCCUCACCACCUCUGGACCACAGCAGGCCAGAGACUCAGAUUACUCUGAAUUGCCUCCUUUGACCUGCACUAAUGGCCUGAGGGAUCCUAUUGGUGCAUGUGGUGAGGAGGAGGAGGAGAACAGCUAUGACUACCCCAAGCCCCAUCUACCUGCCAAUCUAGCCCGACGCACGCUUUCAGAUAUUAACCCCACAUCCUCAGCCUUCAGCCGCCUUUCCAUAGACAGUGAGCUUGGCGCAGCAUCAACAGUCCUGGACCCCUCCGAAGCCCCCGAGCGGCCUCCUAAGCCUCUUCCUCGUCGCAUCAACUCCGAUCGCAGGCCCAGCCCGGUUCCCCCCGGAGCGAGUCCAGGGCCCAGCCAGCAGAUCAGCAGCGAGAUUGAGCACCUCUUGAGCCAGGGCUACUCCCAUCAGGACAUCCAAAAAGCCCUUAUGAUUGCACAGAACAAUAUUGAGAUGGCCAAGAACAUCCUGAGAGAGUUUGUGUCCAUCCCUUCUACUGCACAUAUCUUAACAUAACGAAACUUCUCUGAACGCCCAGUCUCGGCCCGGCCACACUCAUCUCGCAUUCAUCUCGGACUCCAGAAGAGAGGAGCGCAUACUUGCGUACUCUAGCUCUAGUGAUGACGAGAGCCCUUUCUCCGUAACGCUUCUCGGAAGAGUGAGGGGUUCUUUGCGACCGCUUCUUCAGCCUGAAGGCAACACGUGUCCCCUGAGGCUUAACGAGGACAAAAACAAAAAAAGACAAAAACUUGUAUGUGUUUAUAUAUGAUUUAAUAUAUAAAUCAGAAUAUUGAGUAUAGUUAAUAUAUACACGUAUGUUGGAGAGGGUCAGGGUUUGCUGCAGAGAUCAGGGUGUGUGAAGUAUUAGGCCUCGGAGUUCGGAUAGCUAAAGGGAGUUCAGUUAAACAGCAGACUGCAGCCGAGCAUUUUCUUUUGUGAAAAAAUGGCCUUUACUUGUGUCGCUUCGGUACAUUUUUGUUUUCGAGUGUGUAAUUUUCAUUUCCGUCUGUCUAGUAGCAUGCCGUACGUGUCGGUCCCCACAGCGCAGCUGCCCAUUUCAGAGAUACCGGUCAGCCCAAAGCAACCCGUUCUCCGCCUGACCUUGACCUCCAGGGUACUGUGUGAACAAUUUUUUUUUUUUUAAGGUGCGUGGUGGCGGCUGGCAUCGGAAAUGGGCUCUCCGUCAGCCUUGAUACAUCUGUGUAGCAUUACUGUAACUGUACUGUACCAUGAAUUUCACUUCUCAAAUGUUUAAGGACAGCCAGUCCUUCAGAUUCCCAGUAGGAACAUGCUGAUGAAGGGUACACGCAUCUGAUGUCAGGGGACAUGUAACCUUGUUUGCUCUAAUCUGAAUGUGUCAUUAAUAUGGUGGUCUCCGACAGACUUUUGUGAAGUAGUGUGUUUACUAAAGAUAGUGUUUUCUAACAGAUUAUGGGGCGACAGGUUGGACACAAAGUGAAUCCGCUUAAUCAUAAAAAAAAAGAAGUAUUUGCUUAUAAAGGUCCAAAGCCUGGCCAAGUUUCUGUAUUCGGUGGGGACUAAAAUCACUCUUGGGGAGCUUUGGACUUUUGUAUGAAGCUGUUCAUCUUAGAAACCAUUUCAUUUGAUCACCUUAAUAUAUUGUUAUUAUUAAUGUUAUUAUUAUUAUUAUUAUUAUUAUUAUUAUUUGAUUUAUUGUUAUUAAUACAGAAGUGCUUUACUGCUGCUAUUAUUGUUAGUGCUAAACAAUUAAGCCUUAAAUGUACAUUUGUGAAUACUGUGUUUAACCCAUUUUAAAGUGACAGUAUCGGUUGUGUGUAAUUUGGUAAUGUAGCAUACUUGAAAUCAGAAGCAACUUGCGCAGGUGUGAGCCCUGCUGGGGGUUUUCCCCCAGUCUGUGUGUAUGUGUGUGUUUGUGCGCGCAUGGGACGUCUGUUUUCAUCCAGGUACGUUGCGGUUUGCUUGAAAUACAUGCGUUUAUCGAAAUGGUGAAAUGUGUCACGGGGCUCAUCGCGGAAGGCCUUAUGUUCUUUUCUUGUCCUACGAGGCUUUGGUGUUUACCCUGUCAGCGAUCGGAUCGAUCUUUCAGUGGCAGCCCUUUUCAAGCCAUGAUCGCAGUGCCCAUAGUCCGCCUGCUGUUAGGGAGAAGGUUCUUCCCAAUCUCCCCUUUGUACUCAGGAAUAUAGUACAUUUGAACAGAAUCUACAUUAGUGACUCCGUACUUUUAAACCAG